CUUACUUGGACCAAUCCUCCACAUAUAAUGAAUGUCAGUUAAACAUUUACCCUAUUAAUAAUUAGCAAUAAUAAUUAGCAAUGACUGAGCCCACAAACAGCUCAUGGACACUAGGGCAUACUUUAUCAUAUACAUUAAGGUAGAAAACCACCUACUCAAGUUCACAUGCAUCAUUACUAGGUUGCAAAGGGGAAAGCCACAUCAAAAGCCAUAGUUUUAACCUCCAGGUAGAAAUCCAGUCUGCAAAGAAAAAUCCGCUUUUUAUAGCAUAAUGGAAUAUGAGUGGUAUAUGACUGUUUUUUCCUAUUAAUACAGACCCAUAUAAUAUAAACAUUAGCAACACAUCAAAUUCUAUAAAAGUGGCAUGGAGGAAUCCAGACAAUACCAAGAGUGACCUGUGCUAUAGAACCCAUUUGCAGUACAGGAACAGCUGUGGCUCAUUCUGGCAGAAUUAUACAGACUUACAGAGCUUCGCCCUUGUGCUGCCUGCUCUGGAUAUGAAGAAGAAUUAUGUAUUCAGAAUAAGGAUGCGACUGUAUUGUAUCCAGCAGAACUGGGGAGAAUGGAGUCCAGAAAAAUACUGGAAAAAUAACACAGGUCCCUGCAUUGCAGUUACCUCACGAUUUAGCAUAAAGAAUUAUGUGUUACUAGCUAUUUUGCCAGUGGCAGGCUUUCUGCUUGUCUGUGCAAUAACACAAGAGCGGGUAAGAAGAUUUGUCCUUCCUAUAAUUCCAGAUCCUAUAAAAGCCCAAAACAGAAUUUUAGACAUUGAAACUUUUCAGCACAUGAGCAGCUUAACACAGACAUUGGAAGAGUUCAAGAUAUCUGAGAUCGAGGUUUAUUAUGAAAAGGAGGAGGAACCGACUGAACCUACAGACAGUACAUGUGAUGAUCAAUCCUCUCAAACUCAGCCUACACACACAGUUCAUGGAAAGAAUGACAUUGGCUUUGCCACAAAUAAUAGCAUGUAUUACAUUUAUUCUUCAGAUGCAUCUGAGAGCAAUAUGUUUUCUCACGUUUCUCACUCCACAACAGGAUACAUUGUCAUCUAGCUUCUGCUUGGGGUUAUUUA